AAGUGCAGUAAUGUCAAACUCUCAAGAGCAGAGCCUCGACGAGAGAGCUGUGUUCCUGGAGGUGACUGAGUCUUCUCCAGAGUUCCUCUACUGUGAGAAGGAGCGACAAGCACUGGAGAGACUUCUGAGUGCAGGACCGGAGGCGUUCUACAGCUCCAUCGACACAGAGCUCUCCGGCUGCUUCUUGUCACCUGAAGAGGUCAGCCAGCUGAGCGGCUGGGCCCAGGACUUUCACACCAGCCAGCUGCAGGUGCAGUGGGACGACGAUGGAGUGGAGGGCAGCACAAGGACGGAGGAUUUAUGUUCCACUUACUUCCCCUGUCCCUCAGACGCUCCAGCCCCAGACCUGGACCUGGGCUGGCCCGAAAGGGGGCCCUUGGUGGCAGCGGGAAGCACGACAGUCUACACCAGUCCACCUGCUGAAGGAGAGCCUCACAUCAGAGAGAUAAUCCGACGACACUUGCAGAAGGCCACCCAAGUAAUAGCCAUUGUGACAGACAGAUUGACAGAUGGUGCAAUAAUUGGAGAUUUACACGAUGCUGCCUCUCGGGCUGUCCCCGUCUACAUCAUCCUGAACCAAAGAUCCAUCCAGGAGAAUUUCACGCUCAACAGGCUCAGGCAUCCGAACAUGCGAGUCCGCACCCUUGGAGGGAAGUCCUUCUGUUCGAAGACAGGCAGGAUGGUGGCCGGAGAAAUGAAAGACAAGUUCCUUCUGGUGGAUUUGGAGACGGUGAUUCAUGGCAGCUACAGCCUCACGUGGACAGACGCUCACCUGCACCGGCAGCUGAUCACUGUUCUGAGAGGCCCGGUUGCUGACUCAUUUGAUAGAGAGUUCAGGAUCCUUUUUGCCGCUUCGCACCCAGUUGCAGACACAUUAAGGGUCCCAGGGAGCCGCGUCGAUAUGACUCAGAGUCUGAGAGACCUCUCAAAUCUUCGGCACUAUAAACAACUCUCCCUGGAGUCUGAGAUCAACAACCCUCCAUCUCCUCCUCCUGACUCCCUCCUGGACUGGGAAGCCAUGGGUGUUGUGCACAGGGACAGUCCUUUUGAGCAAGACGAGGGAAUCAUGGUCAGGGGAACGCCGCCGAAGACCAACUUUGUGUUUGAUAAAAAUGAACCCGACAUUUUUACCAACAACGUGCACCAUUUUGUGGAUAGAAAAAGGAUACUCGAAACCACCUUUCCAGUGACUAACCAUAUGCCCGAUAAAUCAAUAUUCAACAACACUCAGCCCUCGCCAUCGACAGAUCUAACUCCGGAGAGAAUGAGACGGGUGGACCACAUAUUGGAAAAAAACAUUUCCAGGCAACUGUCCGCAGAGAUGAGAGGCAACAUAGAUGACAGCACAGCGACAAGAUUUGGUGAUCAAACAGCAGAACCGAUGCACAACAUGCCCAUGCUUUUUUCUACAAAGAGGAGAGAGCCCUCGUGGCGGGAGGGGGAGAGAAUUCUGGAGGAAACUACCUCCAAACUGGAGAACACACCAUCUUCUAGAAAACCCAUCAUCCUGAUGAUGCCACAGCCGGAGAGUUCCAACUCUCUGAGUGACAUUAUGAAGAGGGUCCAGCCUCAGCUCAGCACGUCGCGAAUGGUCAAGAGGGGAUCGAACGCUGCCACGUCAGAAAUGAGCCAAUCCAUGAUGGACCUGAGUGUACACAAAGCAGACGGAAAUUAUGAGAGAGGAGUCCCAGUGCCACGGUUCAAGAGUGGUUUCUUUGACCCCGGUCACAUGACACCUGCUAUUGCUCUGAUGAAGAAGAGGAACGACGAGCUGAAAUCGGCAUUGUACAGAACUCCGUUAAGCUUUCUGCCCAGAGAGAGGCCUCGCAAUUCCAACUACGGCCUCAACAGGGAGUGGAGGAGGUCGCUGGCAGAGAGGGAACUGGAACAAGAAUGAGGAGCGAAGACAACAAUAAUACAUAAUUUUUUUUACGACAGGCAGCAGUCAGUGGAUAGUUAUGACCCUUUUCAGUGUUAAUAACCUAAAAUAAGCCAAAAAAAGAAACAUGUAUUAUUACAGUAAUAUCUUUUGAUGUGAUGUCCCACUGAAUCUGAUGAUUACAUGUGUCUGACUUGUAUACAGCGCGCCCGGUGCUGUACUUUAGUUUAUGUAAUGUUUAAAUAAAUAAAGUCUCCUGUUCUUGAUGCUCACAAUGAAUUGUUUUUCUAACCAUUGAAAAGAGCAAUUUUAUUAAACCUUCAGUAUAUGGAUAUAGUUGUAUGUUAUAUUUGGAUUCAACAUGUAUGCUUUUGUAUGCUUAUUGUCGCUGUGAAUUACUUCUGACGUGUUGGAUUCUUGUACAUAAGACGGGGUAAAGUGAUACUAGGUUGCUGAUGAAGUGAUUAAAAAAAAGAAAAGCA